UGUGGCUACCGGUCCAGAGCCGCCCGGCGCUCGGCGGGUGGGAGAGCGGAACGGAGGGUCCGGGCGGCAGCAGCAGGGCCCUGCGGCCCGGCCCCGCCGCCGCUUCCUCCUCGCCCCCCCAGCUGACGCUGCUGGUGAUGCAGCCGUGCAGCGGCGACGAGGAGGCGGCGGGGGGCAUCGGGCGACCCCGGGGCGCCGCGCAGGACCCGGAGACCUCCGGAGGCCUCGUGUUCCUGUGCGAGGUGUGCCCCAGCGAGGGCGAAGGGGACGCGGCCGAGGAGGGCGAGCCGGCGGGCGGCGAGAGCACGGCCAGCCCCGAGGAGCUGGAGGACGAGGAUGCGGCGGCGGCCUCCGGCGGGGAGGGCCCCGCGGGCGGCGGGGGCUGCAAGAGCUGCACGUACCAGGGCUGCAGCGAGACCACCACGCAGGUGGCCAAGCAGCGCAAGCCCUGGAUGUGCAAGCGCCACCGCAACAAGAUGUACAAGGACAAGUACAAGCGCAAGAAGAGCGACCAGGCCCUGGGCGGCGGCGGGGCCGGGGCGCCCCCAGCGCAGGGCGGGGCUGCCACCCCCGGGGGCAGCGCGCGGGCCGAGGAUUGCGUUGAAGGUUCAGUUUCUGUUACAAAACAAAGAACAGGGUCUAUUGGAGAUCGCCCAGCAAGACCUACUCUUUUAGAACAAGUAUUGAAUCAGAAAAGGCUGUCAUUGUUAAGAAGUCCGGAGGUCGUACAGUUUCUGCAGAAACAACAGCAGCUGCUAAGUCAACAAGCUUUGGAACAAAGGCAGCAACAGUUUCCAGGAGCACCUGUGUGAUGGGGACAAAGAUCUGCAGCAGAAUCUUAUGCUGAAGUGGUGGAGGGAUAUGUCUCUUACAUAAGUGAAAAAAGUGCAACAGUACCAUACACUAGUGUGUCAACAGUAUCUGACUACUUGGGUUAGCCCAGGAUGCUCUAACAAUGAAGGGCUGAACACCUCCUGUGAGCCAGCAGCUCCCACUGAAAUCAACGGUAGAUGUGGAAAACUAAGCUCCUCAUAGGAUCUAGCCCAUAAUGCUUUGCAAUAGUGUGACAGACUGUAGUCGUAUGUUCACCACUUUUACAAAACUAUGAUAAAUCUUGUACAAAAUAUGUCUUGUGAGGUAUUGUUUGAAAACUCAUAACUCGCUGAUCAUUAUCGUCCUGAUAGAAUAUGUCUGGCAACAUUGUAUGUAAAGUUAGUAACAUCAAACAGUGGAAUCUUAUAUGGCAUAUUCCAAUUCUGGGGAAGCAGCCCAAACCAGUUCCUCAGAGACAAAAGGAAAAUGGACGCCUCUGCCAGGUGUCAACAAAAUCAAUUGGACAAUCACCUGGGUAAGCAGCCAUUCUUUGGCAGGAAGAAGGGUGUGAGCAAUAAAUUUUCAUCUUGGGAGACAGAUUUGCUGCCACCUGAACCCCAGCUGGAGAUGAUUCUCUGAGAGGAGGAAAAGAUAUAAAAAUGAGGAACAGAGGACACAAAUCACCUCUCUCCUCCCUCCCUUUCCAUCUGCUCAUGGCGUUAAUGACACCUGAAGAAACACUGAACGGGGGGGAGGAGGCCUGACUGAAGGAGUUCAGCCAGUAAAAGCAUGUGGUGAGAAAUAUCUUUGCUUUGAAUUCACUCAGCUUGAUAAGUUAGGUGUUAGUUUGCAUUUUACCUUUUAUUUCUUUGUAACCAAUUCUGACUUUUAUAUCUCAUUACUCGUAAUCACUU